AUGACACCACCACCAUUAAAAUUUUCUUCCCUCUCUUCCCCAUUUCUUCUCCGAACGAACCUUCUCUCUGCUCUCUCUCUCUCUCUCUCUCUCUCUCUCUCUCUCUCUCUCUCUCUCACAUUUUCCUACGAAACAAACGCCCCGAGAGAACCACUCAGUGCGUGGCAAAGCUUCUAUCUCUUCCGUAACAAAACAAUCUUCCUAAUUUUCAACGCUUGCUCUCUUCGCUUUCCUGAUUUUCUUCGUAGAGGUCCUAAUUUCCUCGAAUCUCUCUCUAUUUCUGAAUUCUCAGAUCUCUUUUACUUGGAUAUUCUGAUUCGAAUUUAUGAGUCGCUACGAGUCUAAUCCCUUUGAAGAAGAGGAGGUUAAUCCUUUUGCGGACCAUGGGGGUAAGAAACGAUCGGGUCAAUCAAAUUACAGUGGAGGUGCCUUUUUUACAACAAAUCCCGGAACUGUUCCCCCUGCAACCUCAAGACUCUCUCCCCUUCCGCCUGAACCAUAUGAUCGCGGAGCGACAAUUGAUAUUCCUCUCGACUCUGGAAAGGAUUUAAAAACUAAGGAGAAGGAACUCCAGGCUAGGGAGGCUGAGUUGAAAAAGAGGGAACAGGAAUUGAAACGGAGGGAAGAUGCAAUAUCACGAGCUGGAGUUGUAAUUGAGGAGAAAAAUUGGCCACCAUUUUUUCCUCUUAUCCAUCACGAUAUUGCAAAUGAAAUACCCAUUCAUUUACAAAGGAUUCAAUAUAUUGCAUUCACCACAUUGUUGGGUUUGAUUGUUUGUCUCUUAUGGAAUAUUGUGGCAAUUACCUUAGCCUGGAUUAAGGGUGAAGGUCCAACAAUAUGGUUUCUUGCUAUCAUCUACUUCAUAUCUGGGGUUCCUGGGGCAUAUGUCUUGUGGUAUCGUCCUCUUUAUCGUGCUAUGAGGACUGAUAGCGCACUAAAGUUUGGGUGGUUUUUCUUGUUUUACCUGCUUCACAUUGGCUUUUGUAUCUUUUCUGCUGUUGCUCCUCCAAUUAUAUUCAAGGGCAAAUCUCUUACAGGUAUUUUGCCAGCAGUUGAUAUCUUGAGCGGUAAUGCACUGGUUGGGAUAUUUUACCUUAUUGGUUUUGCAUUCUUCUGCAUUGAAUCAAUGAUCAGUAUCUGGGUUAUUCAGCAAGUUUACAUGUAUUUCCGAGGCAGCGGGAAAGCUGCAGAGAUGAAGCGCGAGGCUGCCACAAGAACCAUGAUGGCAGCACUAUGACGGGGCGUAGCCGUUUUAAUGAAAAUGGUGAACACUGUCAAGCUCAAGUUGGAUUUAUCCGAAAGAUCUAAAUACUUUUCACUCUUUUACCCCUUCCUUGCCUGUUACUCACAUUCUUCGCUGUUCAAUAUGCUGGUGUGUUAUUGAAAAUAUUUUUGUAGUGUUAAAAGCUCUGAUUAAUCAGGAAAAAGAUAGGAUGAGGAGUCGAUUUCUGUGGUUAGAGAGAGAACUCGGUUAUAUGCCUCGGCAUAUUGCAUAAUUUUAUUUUAUUUUUUUUUUUCAUCCCAUAUUAUUUAAAAUUAAAUAGUCUUUUGUAUGUUAUUUGGUCCCCUGUGAUUAUGAAACACAGAUGUUGAAACACUA